UGACCGCUGCCUGGCGGCCAAGAUGGCGCCGUCCAGCGUGGCUCUCCUGGCGCUGUGCCUGCUGCUGCCGCUGCUGCUUCUGGGCGGGUGGAAGCGCUGGCGGCGGGGGCGCGCGGCCCAGCACGUGGUCAUUGUGGUGCUGGGCGACGUGGGCCGCAGCCCCCGCAUGCAGUACCACGCGCUGUCCUUGGCCAAGCGCGGCUUCUCGGUGACCUUCUUGGGGUUCUGCAAUUCCAGACCCCACCAUGAGCUCUUGCAGAGCGACAGAAUACAGAUUGUGAAGUUGAUGGAACUUCAGAGUCCCGCAGUUGGGCCCCCGGUUCUGCGGUAUGGAGUCAAAGUUGUUUUUCAGACAGUGUACUUGCUGUGGAAGUUGAUGUGGAGGGAACCAGCAGCCUAUAUAUUUCUUCAGAACCCCCCAGGCCUACCAAGCAUUGCCGUCUGCUGGUUUGUGGGCUGCCUUUGUGGGAGCAAACUGGUCAUCGAUUGGCACAACUAUGGCUACUCCAUCAUGGGCCUGGUGCAUGGCCCUAAGCACCCCCUUGUUCUGCUGGCCAAGUGGUAUGAGAGGCUCUUUGGGCGCCUGUCCCACCUGAACCUGUGUGUGACCAAUGCAAUGCGGGAAGACCUGGCGGAGAACUGGCACAUCAAGGCUGUGACUGUCUACGACAAGCCGGCUUCGUUCUUUAAGGAGACUCCGCUGGACCUGCAACACGAGCUCUUCAUGAAGCUGGGCUGCACCUACUCUCCGUUUAGGGCCUGCUCAGAACCCUCGGGCCCUGCCAUAGAGAGGUCGGCCUUCACGGAGAAGGAUGCUCGCACUGGGGUGGUGACACGUCUUUGCAGGCGGCCGGCACUGCUGGUCAGCAGCACGAGCUGGACAGAGGACGAGGACUUCUCCAUCCUGCUGGCAGCAUUGGAAGAGUUUGAACAGCGGGCAUCUGACGGAGACAGCCUUCCUUCUGUAGUCUGUGUGAUAACAGGCAAAGGGCCGCUGAAGGAGCACUACAGCCGCCUCAUUGGCCAGAAGCAGUUCCAGCACAUCAAGGUGUGCACGCCGUGGCUGGAGGCCGAGGACUACCCGUUGCUUCUAGGGUCGGCGGACCUGGGUGUCUGUCUGCACAAGUCCUCCAGUGGCCUGGACCUGCCCAUGAAGGUGGUGGACAUGUUUGGGUGCUGCCUGCCUGUGUGUGCCGUGAACUUUAAGUGCCUGCAUGAGCUUGUGAAGCACGGGGAGAACGGCCUGGUCUUUGAGGAUGCGGAGGCGCUGGCAGCUCAACUGCAGAUGCUUUUCUCAAAGUUUCCUGAUCCUGCUGGAAAACUAAACCAGUUUCGGAAGAAUCUUCGGGAGUCGGAGCAGCUUCGAUGGGACGAGAGCUGGCAGCGGACUGUGCUCCCUUUGGUCAUGGACACGUGACCCUGCAGGCCCAAGGCCAACGUCCCUGAUCAGUUGAGGGGUGGUGCACCAUCCUGGGGACGGAGAGACACUGCCUGUUCUUCCCUGUCCCUGCCUGCUGCCCCGCAGCCACCCGGGCUUUUAUGUAGUGACCCCAGUGGUCAAUCCAGAAGGACGACUGGGGACUGACGGGAAGCUGGCUCUUCCUGGUUUCUCAGGCACGCAGAACCUGUCUUGUCUUCUGUCUGAGCGUGCUGCUCUCCUGGCACCUCCUGUCCCCUCUUCAUCCUCCCAGCUUCUGCCCGUCACGCUCCUCAUCUGGGUUCCUGCGGCCUCUGGGGUGAGCGCCCAGCUGUGGAGCCCUAUUUGUUAAAGAUGUUUUAUUUUUUAUGAAGGUAGUUCUUGCUUUUGAGCCAAAGCCUGGUUUCGGGCAGAUGGGGAUUCCCUUACAAACCAGAGCUGAGGACAGAGGGGCACCCACACUCAGUCUUACUCCAUCAGGAUAGUUUGUUUCCCGACUUGGCAUGUGGCAUUCUUCCCUCAAGUCCAAAGGAAGUUUUAUCAGCUUUCUCUGUGAAAGCUCUUCCCACUGCAGUGACUUCAUCUUCACGUAUGCAAAUGGCGAAGCUACAGCAUGAGUCUCAGGACUGCCAUCUCCGAGUGCUCUUCAUAGGGGAACAGUUUCUGGCUGUGAGGAGGCACUGCUUCCCAGCGGAUCGCGGCCCGGCCUGCAACAGAGCACACACCUCAGGACGGCAGCGCUGGGCCUGGGGCUGUGUCUGUUUUCCUGGGCUCAUGGCCCCCCGGGCUCACCCAGGUGCCCAGGCUACCUCCAGGCACUCUGGGUUCCCUGUCACUGCACAUGUGCACAUCAGUCUGCGAGGGUCGGGGGAGCUGACUGACCCCACGUCUGCCUGGCUGCUCUACCAGCACCACUCCUCACACGGGCCAGAAGAGGCGCGUUGUCUUCGUGAGCAGGGUGGCUGGCGCUGCAAGCCAGGUGGCUUCUUAGUCAUAGUUAUAAGUGAAAAGUCACUAUUUAUAAAGUGAAAUAAGGAAAUCUGUAA